AUGACUGUCCAGGUCGUGGCGCCUGGUUUCGAAAAUAAAUAUCCUCGUCGUGGGGAUCGCCUGCAAGAGGAGCCAACAGCCAAAAAUGCCCAGGGCUUAUUCCCUCCAGAUGCUUGUAUCUUUGUUGGCAAUCUUUCCACGAAGGUUGCAGCAGAGGAAAUGACUGAGGACCUGAAGACGGCAUUUGCCGUCUAUGGCCCAUGUCAUGUUAAGAUUAAGCAGGAUAAGAAGAAAGGCCUCCCGGGUGCAUUUGUGCAGUUUGAGAAAGUGGAACAUGCCAAUGCAGCACUAGAUCCCAAUGAACGUAUUGCUCUCCAUGACCGGUGGUUGCGAAUCGAAAGAGCUAAAGGAAGACGGGAAGGAACCGCUUGUCUUGGUCUCCGCUCGGGUGCCCCCAUCACGACCGAAGAUGUUUCCUCUGCGCUGGCAGACCGAGGCCACUUGGAGGUCUACUGCAUCGAAUCAUACCCCACGGGACCUCAAACAUGGACUUUUAUCUGUAAAGUCACAUUUGCCUACGUCGACGAUUGCAGAGACGCGAUCAAGUACUUCCAGAAAGACCCCAAGUACUACCUGAGUCUCCUCGACAUGGAGGGCAGCCCUCUCAUUCCAAACGGAGGUCGUAGUCUUCCUCUUCGUACCAGACCCCCCGGCUCAUCUCAACCAGGGCGUAACAACAAUCACAACGGCCACCCACGGUACAACAAACCAUACCGUAACGGAGCCAACAGGGGUGGCUAUCGUGGAUUCUCCAAAUAUCAUAAUCCACCGUAUCAGCCAGAGAACCUACCUCCAACUCAUCCCCAUGGUGAAUUGCCUCCAUCGCAUUUUCGUGGUGGCUUCCCUGGUCCACAUUACUGGGUCAAUGGCCUGCCAUACAACAACGAACCACAUCCAUCAUUCUAUCAUCCACCACCUUACCGCCCAAAUGAUGGCUUUGGUAACCAUCCAUUCAUUGUCAAUAGCCAGCCGAGAUAUGAUCACCCACAACUCCUUCCAUCUCCAGACGUUUAUAACCCCGGCAUUCCUGGCGGGCCGUUGAUUAUCAACGGCCAGCCACAGUAUGGCGGCAAUAGCCCGGCGGUCUAUCACGAGUUCUUCACGCCAGACAGUGGAUUUUUGAGCCCACCAACUAGUAUUACGAGCCAUCCCGGUGACUACUUCACUCCACAGCCCUUUACUGAGCCCGAGCCCUACCCGACCCACCGGAGAUAUCUAAACCCGCCCAAUGUUCAAGUUAAAGUGACAAUGCCACCGAACAUGGUUGAAAGGACCGGAAAAAAGAUCAUCGAGGAUGAAGGAAUAAUAAGGUUGCUCGAGCCCGAGAAGCCGGAGAAAGCGCCAAAGCUCAUCCGCGUCUAUGAAUCCGAUUCGGAGUACAAUGACGAAGAAGAGCAUCACAAAUGUCCCACACCAAAAAUCGAGCUUGCGGAUACAAACCACCUGAUUCCAGUCCUCAAUCCAGUCAAAGAAGAGUAUGAGGAAUUGGACGUUGAGGAAGGACAUGAAACACAGACUACAGAGCCAACCUCCAACUCGGGGCCUCCAUCCGAAGAUCAAGUUUCGACACCCAGCCAUGCAAGUUCGCGCUCUCGAUCUUGUUCUCCCCCUUCUCGUAUUGCCUUCCACGUGCGAUCCCAGAUGGCUGAACUAGACUCAGACCUGGAUGAAGCCGCGAUACAAGAGGUGAUUCUGUCACUGACGAGAGAGCUAAAAUUGGAGAAGCAAAAGCAGGAGGCAGAGAAGACCAAGGAAAAAAUGCUCAUUGACCGUGGGUCCAGCACUUCACGAAGCUGUUCGUUGACAAGAUCUUGUUUGUCAAAGAUCAUCUGA